UCCCGUGGACACAUCAAGGCUACAGCUCAUCCAUCUUUGCAAAAUUCUCAUAUUUAUCAGCUUUUUUCAAGUUUAACAUAACCCAACGCUGACUAUCUUUGACGAUUUCAUUAGCAAGGUUCAACGCUUCUUGCGUGGAUACCGGAGAAGUGAAAUGUCAGACAUUACAGGAACAUACCGUAUAGUAACUGAGGAGGAACAGUCCCUCCGUGCCAAGUUGGAACGCCUGACAACCAAAGACCAUGGACAAGUGUUUGGCAAAUGUGAGAAGCUUCCAGAGCACACAGUGCAGAAGGCUAAAGAUGAAUUAAAUGAGACGGAUGAGAAGAGACAAUCAGCGGUGAAGGAGCUUCGGUUGAUAGUAAAGGACAAAGCCAGCACUGGAGAUGACCUUUGUAAAGCUGUAUCAGAGAAGGUGGCCGGAAAGGAAGAUGAUUUCUUUCUGAGAUUCAUUCGGGCAAGAAAAUAUGAUGUUCCCCGGGCUUAUGAUCUCCUAAAGGGUUAUGUCAACUUCCGUCAACAAUAUCCAGAGCUGUUUGAAAACCUGACCUCAGAGGCAGUACGAAGCACAAUAGAAGCUGGAUAUCCAGGAAUUCUACCCAGUCGAGACAAGAAUGGAAGAGUCAUUCUCCUUUUUAACAUUGAAAACUGGGACUAUGAGGAGAUCACCUUUGAUGAGAUCUUACGUGCGUACUGUAUUAUUCUGGAGCACCUACUGGAAAAUGAAGAAACACAGAUCAAUGGCUUCUGUAUUAUAGAGAACUUUAAAGGAUUCACAAUGCAACAGGCUGCUGGCAUCAAACCAUAUGAGCUGAAAAAGAUGGUGGACAUGCUGCAGGAUUCCUUUCCUGCCAGGUUUAAAGCUGUUCAUUUCAUACACCAGCCCUGGUACUUCACCACAACCUACAACGUUGUCAAACCAUUUCUGAAAAGUAAACUCCUUGAGAGGGUUUUUGUACAUGGGGAUGACCUGGCGACUUUCUACAAAGAAAUUGAUGCCGACAUACUACCAGCUGACUUUGGGGGAAACUUGCCAAAAUACGAUGGGCGAACAGUGUCUGAGAAGCUGUUUGGAGCAAGAAAUGAUUCUGAAGAUACGGCUCUUUGAAGAACAAAAUAUAUGUUAUAUGCCUCAAAUAUCAGUAUGUUAUUACAAAAAUGCUGAGGGUUAUAUGUUUCCUAGUUCUACUGAUAGUAAUAAAGUCUGCUAUAAGCACUAUGACAUUGACAAAUAAUUAGGAUAUCUAUCUGAACUGUCUUAUCUAUCUACUGUAUAUACUUAAAGGUUAUAUAUGGAUAGAUA